ACGUUGUUUUGUCGGCAUAAACAGAAUUCAAAAGUUUUGCGCUAGUUUUCGUGUCCGUUCCCGUUGCCAAGGACGUUGUGAGUGUUUUUCGCAACAAUUUUGUGCAUUUUACGGUGUUUUUCUAGUGUUUCUUUAGUGAAUUUUGUGUGAAUAGUCCACUGCUACCGUCGUGAUGUCCGAGUGUGAUGAUAUUUUUGCGGACAACUCAUCCGAGGGAACCGAUUAUAUGUCCUCCAGCAGCCGCCAGGAUCCGCAGGAAUCGAUUAUGAUCGAAGAGACGGACACCGAAGUGGACGAUGAAGAGGACGAGGAGGAGAAAGUCAUCCGAGAACGGAUAAAGAAGCGUCAAAGCCGACGAAUGUCCUUUCAUCCGCGGCAGACAAGUUCGGAUGUCAGCUCCGAUGAGAACGAGGACAACGAGGAAGGAGAAGUGACCAUAGCUAGCGAUGGAGACACUAGUGAGGAGGAAAGGUUGAAUGAAAGUCGAGCAUUGUCGCCAGCCACCCGGUUGAGUUUGUCCGGAAUUCGGCCACCGGAUCUCAACGAAGAUGACGAUGACGGCGAUGAUGAUGAUGAUGAGGUUGUGGUGGGACGGAAAAAUAAACGGAACGUACUGAUAUCCGACGAUGAAGAUGAAGUCGUACAGGAGAAGGGUGAUUCCUUCGACGAUAGUCUUCCGUUGCGAAGUUUUAACGCAGAAGGUAGUUCCGCUAGCCCCAAACUGUCGUCAACUGGUUACUCGCAUGAUGGUCACGAGGAAUCCGUUUCGAAAGGUCGAUUGUCUCGUGAUGUGAGAAUGUCGAUCGAAACUAAAUUGUCCUCCACGGGUUUGGAGCCCAGAACCGAGGAGGGCGCCAAUCGAAGCGAUAGCGAUCCAUCGUCGCUUGUGAUCAUGGAGAAGUCGUCGGAGGAAGUAUUGUCCCUGUCCAGUGAUGAUGAGCAGCCGGUCAAAAUUAAACCCCUAGUGCAGCCGACCAUCAAGGCAGCUCUCGCAAAACAACGAGUAUCGCAGAAGUUCUACGACAGCAAAGUCAGAGAACUGGCAGAUCUGCAGAAGAAGCACGAAAAAAUGGGAAACCUGUCCAAGCUGAACAUCAAUCUGCCGGACAAGGGAGUCGGAUUGCAGAAGGCAAAGCAGAAUCUGGAGAAAGAAAUAGCCAAUAUGAAGGGUGAGCUUGCCAGCAUGGAAGUGCACGACUCACGAGGAAUCCGCGAUGAGAUUCAGAAAAGUUUCGAAAGUUCCGUCGAUGCCAGUGGUAGGAUAGUGCUGGAUAGUGCCAACAGUUCCGUUGCCAGCAACAACGGCAGCAUGCAAUCGGCAGGCAACGAUCGGAAAUCGAACAACAAUAACAACCAGGUGGUCAACAUUUCGUGGGACGACAUUCAGAAGGAGGUUGACAAGAUUCAACCGAAGCAUACCGGGAAGCAGGGCAUAGCGACUUUUGAAACGCAGAAAACGAUCACCAUUGACCGGUUGGCAACGUUGCAUAAAUCCAUCGAGGGAUGUCCCAGCGAGGACACCUUGGCCGAUCCUCCGAAGCUGUUGCGAAUCGAACUGAUGGACCACCAGAGGCACGCUCUGGCUUGGAUGCUUUGGCGUGAGAGCCUCAAACCGAGGGGAGGUAUUCUGGCGGACGAUAUGGGGCUGGGAAAAACACUGAGCAUGAUUUCGUUAAUAUUGAAAAAGGCAGAACUGGAAGAUCCGGAUCAAGAAGAGGAAGAAUCCAGCGAUGACGAAGAGCAGGAGGACAAUGGUUGGACAGUGAAGGGAAGACGCGAUUACUUUGCUGGUGGGACGUUGAUUAUAUGUCCGGCUUCAUUGAUGAGACAGUGGGAAGGAGAAAUCAAAAAUAGAGUAGCCAGGAACAGCUUGGCCGUCAAUGUUUAUCAUGGAACAAACAGAGACGUGAAGCCGCGGCAUCUGGCGAAGUAUGAUGUGCUGAUCACGACCUACAAUAUCGCUUCCCGCGAAGCCAAAUCCGAGCGAAGUGGCAUCUUUGGCGUUAACUGGGAAAGGAUAAUAUUGGAUGAAGCACAUAUGAUCCGAAACCAUAAGAGUGCCAUGUCGGAGGCUUGUUGUCGUCUGAGGGGUCGGUUCCGAUGGGUUCUCACUGGAACUCCCAUACAAAACAAAGAAAUGGACAUGUACGCACUGUUGAAGUUCCUUCGUUGUACUCCGUUCGAUGAUUUGAAUCAUUGGAAAAAAUGGAUCGACAACAAGACUGCCGGCGGAAUGGCCCGACUGCAGACGAUUAUGAAAUCUCUAAUGCUGCGUAGAACUAAGAAACAGUUACAGGAAAAGGGAUCUCUGCAAUGCCUUCCGGAGAAGAAUGUCGAACUCGUUGAAGUGACGUUAGAGAAAGAUGAAAUGAACGUUUACCAAAAGGUGUUGCUGUACUCCCGGACGCUCUUCGGUCAAUUCCUGCACCAACGGGCGGAAAAAGAUCACGAUGGGUUCAUGGGUACACAACGGCGUAACAUUCCGACUUUUGAACAAAACCGUCUCCCGAACAUGGCAUUCGAUCGGGUUCACCAGAAACUGAAGCAGAUGCAUGCCAACGAUGAAGUAAAGCAGUUUCAAAUCUUGGUUUUGCUGCUACGACUUCGCCAGAUCUGCUGCCAUCCGGGAUUGAUCCACCAGAUGCUUGAGGACGAUGACGGAAACUUCGAUCUUAGCACGGUUGAAGAUGAAAAUGCUCAAGAGCUCGAUUUGCUGGCUCAGUUGAACAAGCUCAAACUCACGGACAAUCCAUCGGACGCGGUUGAGAGUGAGGCGCGCGUUGAACUUGAUAUCAGUGGAAAUUCGUCACAGGACGCGGCCGCCAUUACGAAGGCGUCCUCGAAAGUGAUGCUCCGGUCCAAUCCGGUGUUCGACCUCACGAGAAUGAGCUCGAAAAUCGCACGGUUACUGCAGCUGCUGGACGAGAAAAUCCUAAACAGCGAUGACAAGGCGGUGAUAGUGUCGCAAUGGAGCAGCGUGCUGGAUAUUGUGGCGCAUCAUUUAAGCUCCAAGCGGGUGCGGUACGUAUCGUUGACUGGCAAGGUGCCGGUCAAAUUUCGGAACGAUAUCGUCACGGAUUUCAACAAGCAAGGAAGCGGUCCGAAGGUGAUGUUACUUUCGCUGACUGCUGGCGGAGUUGGGUUGAAUCUCGUUGGUGCCAAUCAUUUGCUGCUUUUGGAUUUGCACUGGAAUCCUCAGCUGGAGGCGCAAGCUCAGGAUCGUGUAUAUCGAGUUGGGCAGAAGAAGACGGUCUUUGUGUGGAAAUUCAUGUGCGUCGAAACGGUGGAGCAAGCGAUCCGAGGUCUCCAGGAGAAGAAAAUCGGAAUUGCCAACGAGGUGCUGACCGGUACCAAGCAGAAGGGAAGCAAACUCAGCAUCGACGAUCUCAAGGCGCUGUUCGGGAUGUAACGAGCUGCGCGGAGGGCGUUUACAUUUACGGUAAGCUGGUCUACCGAGAAAACUGGGGUCGUCGGGCCAUCUGUGAUAUCGACUAUCGGCGAGGCGUUUUAUAUUAGUGGUCGAAUUCUUGUGGUUGAGUAACGUGUUCCUUUCUACGCUGAUGUUGUUGUUGUCCAUGGAUGAUUGUUCGCGUUCGGUCGUUUUAUUUGUGAAUCGGUGUCUUUAUGUGUAGGUAAAUAAAACAAAUAGAAGAGAUUUUUGCUGCGCAUUCCAGUUGAAACGGCGAA